ACGCGCACGUCGCGGUCGCGGUCGCAUCGUGUCACGCAGGCAACUUCAGGCGAUACAGCUGAGGAGCCGAGAGAGUUGUGCUUGUGCGAGCGGGGUCGUACAAGCUGCGAUCUCGCGACAGGUAGUGCGACUUCCCGGACGACGCACGACGUUUGGUCAUCGCGUGGGAUCCCAUCGCGCUCGUGUCCGUCUCCCGCCUUCGCAUUUCGGUCCGAAUAGACUCGCCUCUUUGGUUAGAGAGCGUUGGACGGUGCAGCACCGGUGUGUUUACGGAUUCCGUGGAUCUUCGCUCUUGUUUACGUUGCGCGUUGCGCCUCCGCACGAGAUUGAAAAAUGGUAGUGCUGAGCAGUUUCCUGGCACCACAGGAAGGGAUACGCCAUGAAGAACCAAAUACUACAGUAUAUAUCAACGAUAGAGAAGUAGGGAAGGGUACGCUCUACGUCACAGAAAGUUUGCUCUCUUGGGUUGACAGCGACACACAACAGGGAUUUUCACUUGAAUAUCCUCAUAUCUCAUUGCAUGCUAUUGCACGAGAUGAACAGGUCCAUCCCAGACAAUGUUUAUAUGUUAUAGUUGACGCCAAAGUGGAUCUCCCAGAUAUGCCAUUACCAUUGUCAUCUGAGAACAGUUCAGAGAAUGAGGACGACGAUGACACUCCAAUCACGGAAAUGCAGUUUGCUCCGGAUAAUACGAAUAACUUAGAUUUAAUGUUUCAGGCGAUGAGCGCGUGUCAAGCACUACAUCCUGAUCCACAGGAGAGUUUUUCAGAUGAGGAUAUCUAUGAGGAUGCCGAAGAAGACUAUGAAGGCGAGUAUGACGAAGAGGUGGGCGCCGGUGAUGCUCCUUGUAUUCUGCCGACAGCUGAUCAAAUGGGAAACACUCAUACACCGGUAGACGCGGACGAAGCAAUGGACAUCGAAGCGGGUCAGUUUGAAGACGCGGAAGAAGAUCCGUAAGAAAUGACGAUUGAGCGCAGCCGUGCAUUUAGUGUUAAUUUAUACGUUUAUCGAUUUCAUAUAUAUGUAUUUCGGUAGAUAUAUAUAUAUAUAUAUAUAUAUAUGUAUGUAUAUGUAUAUGUAUAUAUACAUACAUGGCGUCGUUAUUGCAAAACUUAUUACGCGGAGCUGUAUCAAACGUUAAAGCACCUAAACGUUUAUUUAUAUUCAUUUUGUACAUGACGAUAAUUUCUUAGAUAAAAAUAAAUAAUUGUAUACAU